UUGUUAGCGUGGCAAGGGUUGGAUUGAUUUUGUUCCGGCAAUCAAUUCCUCCUCCGAGUUUGUGAUUUCUUGAAUCUAAUCCAAUUUUUUUCCACGCCGAUAAACGCCCAACUGAUACCAAUUCAGCACUCAUACAAUGGCGAAACCCUGGUCAUCCAGAUUUAUCAGCCGUAGUUUUCAUCAAAUUGCAUCAAAACCCUCUUCAACCGGCACUCCCACGACCACCAGCGCCAUCUCCAAUUUCAUCGCUACCACUCCUACGGUAACUCAAAGCCCUAGUUUUUCUUCGUGGCUGUUGAAUUCCCAAAAACCCCAAUUUUCUUCAGCGGCUGGUGUAUUUGGGAGAUUGUAUCGGCAUCCCGGACUUUUGCAAUGUAGGAAUUCUCUAGGGUUUAGGUAUUUUUCGCUUAAUCGCGGUGAGAUGGGUUCUAAGCUUUUCGCUUCAAAAAUGGCGAAGAAGCCUGCUGUGGCUCUUAAGACUGCGUUUGACCGGUACAAGGAGGCGGUGAGGCUGCAGAUUGAAGCGUUCUGGAAGAGAAAUUAUAUGAUGGUGCUGGGCGCUGGGGGAUUGGUUGUGUGCAUUCUGCUGUGGCGGCUGCUGUUCGGCAUCGCAACAACCUUUAUUGGUUUCUCGGAGGGUAUGGCCAAGUAUGGCUUUCUGGCUCUUUCGACCGCCAUAGUUGCCUUUACUGGCCUGUAUAUCCGUGCAAGAUUUACUGUCAACCCUGACAAAGUUUACAGAAUGGCCAUGAGGAAGUUAAAUACAUCCGCUGGCAUUCUUGAGGUAAUGGGUGCACCACUCACGGGAACGGACUUGAGAGCCUAUGUGAUGUCAGGAGGGGGCAUCACCCUGAAAAAUUUCCGACCUAGGUUGGGAAGCAAACGAUGUUUUCUUAUUUUCCCUAUUCAUGGUUCAGAAAGGAAGGGAUUAGUCAGUGUCGAAGUCAAGAAGAAGAAAGGCCAGUAUGAUAUGAAAUUAUUGGCAGUGGAUGUUCCUGUGGCAACUGGACCUGACCAACGCCUGUUCUUGAUCGGGGAUGAAGAAGAGUACAGAAUAGGCGGUGGUUUAAUCUCUGAACUGCGAGAUCCGGUUGUCAAAGCUUUGGCAGCUGCUAAGGAGUUCGAAGCACGUGACGAGAAGGAGGAUGAGGAGGACGAUGCAAGGGAACUUGAAGAAGCAGAAAGAAAGCAUCAAGAAGAAGUUGAAAAGCUCCAAAAAGAGCAAUCCAAAUAGUGUUUGUGGACUCCCUCUGUCGAAUUCCCCGGGAUUUGUGUUUUUUUUGGUCGCAAAAUAUUUCCCUUCAACCCUUUGUUCAAUUGUUGCAGCUGAAAUUGUCUUUGUAACAUAGUAUCUCACAUCAUGGACAUGCUGAAAGGGAUCAUACUGUGAGGGAGAGAACCUUUCUUCUCUUUGCCGUUUCUUUCCUUCAUUUUCCUAUCUAAAUAAAGAGGAUUUGCCAA